CGAACAGGCGAGGCUCGCAGGUCGGUGAGGCGAUGGCGGCUCUCUGAACAAUAUCUGCAUCUCAAACACCAAAAUAGGCGUCGGUUUCCCGCAAGAGGCGCGUAACUGGCCGGAAUAGCCAUCGGAAUGAUAUAUGAUGGAUCCAGACAGUGGGACAGAAACACAAAAAGCCGUCAGUUUGCAGUGGAAAAGCUACAAACUCGUCCAGGACCCUGCCAUCAGACGGGUCACACAGAAAAUCUACAGAUAUGAUGGAGUGCAUUUCAGUGUACCAGAUUCUGGAUUUCCUCCUGUGGGAGAACUGCGGGAUCCUCGACCCCGGAGACUGUGGUCCAGGUAUACAGAACUGUCCCUACCAGUGCCGAAGUUUAAGCUCGAUGAGUUCUACGUGGGUCCCAUACCCCUCAAGGAGGUGACCUUUGCUAGACUCAAUGACAACAUCAAGCAGCCCUUCUUGGCAGACAUGUGUGCCAAGUUUGGUGAUGUGGAGGAGAUGGAAAUCCUGUUUCACCCCAAGACAAGAAAGCACCUGGGCCUGGCCAGGGUGUUGUUCACUAGCACUCGAGGAGCCAAGGACACAGUCAAGAAUCUGCACAACACUUCUGUCAUGGGUAACAUCAUUCAUGCCCAGCUGGAUAUAAAGGGUCAACAGAGGCAGAAGUAUUAUGAUCUGAUAGUAAACGGGUCCUACACUCCUCAGACAGUUCCCCUGGGAGGGAAGGCUUUGACGGACAGGGUUCAACCUCCGCCCCCAACGCAACCUCAGUCAGACACGCCUCCAGAAGUCCGACGGCGGUUUUCCAAUGAGCUUGUGGUUUUGGCUGCGGGGGUCCAGGCUCUCUCAUCAGGAAGCAUCACACCAUGCUCUGCUGAAACAGGAUAUAAUGAGCAGCGUUUGGACACACCGCCCUCCUCCAUGGCGGGCCCGUUCACCCCCAGCUCCUCCGCCUCGUCUCAGGGCGGUGGAGGAACGCCGUAUAGCUCCAGGUCUGGGACUCCUUUCUCGCAAGACUCAGGCUACACCAGCAACAGGCAUCCUGGCUACAAUGCAGGCACUUUGGGCAGUGGAUACCCUCCCCAGGACAUGUUGCCUUCCUCGUCUUCAUCUUCUGCAGUCUCAUCUACUGUCGGAGGAUAUAAAGUAUCUCGUUACCCUGAUGAUCCGCAGGAACCAUCAGCAUACCACCGUGGGCGCCCCGUGUUUCCCCCGGCUACAUCAUACCGUCCCAAUGAGCCGCCGUGUUACCCUCCCUACCCUGGUGUCGGAGGACCUGGGCCUCACAUGGCACAUCACUCCGCGAUGCCUCCGCCACCCAUCGCUAACCAGUACGAUCAGCCUCUGAUUCCAGAACGGGAGAGGGAUCGUGAAAGAGACUCGGCGGGGAGGUACGGGGCCGGGGGCGUCGGUGGUUCCAGAAGGUCAUCUUAUCAUCACCAGCAGGACACAAACUCUUCUUCAAAGUACCAUUCCCAUCACUCCCACCACCACUCGGAACGCAGGGAGGACAGGGCUUACCGGCGAGACAGCCUGGGUUCCCGGUCCAGCGAACACAACCACCAGAGACACCGCAACCACCACCACUCUCACAACCACCACAGCAGCAGCAGCCGCAGGCGGAGCAGCCACGACAGGGACCGAGACAGAGAUCGAGACCGGGACAGAGAUCGGGACAGAGACAGUGACUACUCCAAUAGUUCCGACCCAAGAUAUAAUUCCAAUUCCUACCGUUCUUCCUCGAACAGCAUGUCCCCGCCUCUGUCGUCGUACUCCGCAUACUCCUCCAAAGAGCCGGCCCCCGCCCUUUCUCAGGGAUUGGACGCGUCCACUCGUCCGGGUGGCACGAGUCUCGCAGAGAGGGGUUCGUUGCCCUCCGUCGGGGCCGACAAAGACUACCUUGCUGGCCAUCACGGUGCUUUGCCUGCUCCUCCACCACCUCCACCUCCCCUCCCUCCGGCCUCUGUUAUUGCAGCAGCUGUAGCUGAGACACUCGGCACUCUAGACUUCAACCAGGACAGUCCGGCUCGCGAAGAGCAGUGGACAAAGCCCAAACGCCGUCCCAGCACUCCACCCGCUCCACCCAAGACACCCCCGCCCUCUUCUCCGGCCCAUCCGUCUGUUCCUUCUUCCUCCAACUCUCCUUCCUUGACCUCCCUUCCUCACCACCUCUUGUCUUCCUCCAGCUCCCCGCCUCCACCCCAGAGAGACUCUUCAUCCCCAGAGCCAGAUUCUACCAACGAGAGUUUGCCGUUUGUCUACCACAGCAGCAGUCUCGACUCUCGGAUUGAAAUGCUCCUAAAAGAACAGAAGGCCAAAUUUUCUUUCCUCGCUUCCGAUGAGGAAGACGAGGAGGACAGAAAAGAGGAAAAGCAGAGGGGGCGAGGUGGGGAUGGAGCCGAGCGGAGAAGUCGGUCCGGAGACGCAGCGGGGGAGCAGGAACACGUGGGCGACGGCGGGGAGAAGGACCACAGGAAGAAAGGGGAAAGAGACAGAGAUGGCCACAGAGGAAGGAAGCGGGGAAAAGGAGGAGAGGGCAGGAAAAGUCCCUCCGUACACACAGUACCCACACUUCCCGCUACCAGUUACUCCCCCCACGUCUUACCUGCAGAGGAGCCGCAGCCGCAGGUUGCCCUGGCUGUGACUGCAGCUUUGCAGGAAGAGUCUUUUCAGAGUGGUCCUGCUGAAGUCGGGAGCCGGACGGGAGCGCACACGCCACCUUUUAACGGACAGAGUCAGGCUUCGCCUCGUUCUUCCGGGGAGGACAUGGAGAUCUCGGACGAGGAUGAAGACGCGACAACCAUUACAACGGUGACCGCCCAUCAGCCGUCGGUCACCUCAGGAUCCUCGCCGUCCUCAACUCAAGCUGCAAUGUCCCAAACGGCAGACCCCUCCUCUUCCCCGCCUCCCAUUUCUGACUCUUCACAGCACUUUGGCACUUCCAUGCACCCCCCUAUACCCUCGUACCCUCCUCAUUUGCCGCCGCCCCCUCCACCGGGCUACUCCCUCCAGCCGCCGCCUCCCCCGGGGAUUCCUCCCCUGCCACACAUGGAGCUGCACCCCGAGUACCCUCCUCCGAUGCCCCACCACAUGUAUGACUAUGCCAGCUCCAUGGAGCUGAUGAAUCAAUACAAUGGCGGGACUCCCAUGUCUUUCCAAAUGCAGACCCACAUGCUAAGUCGCCUCCACCAGAUGCGCGUGUCUUCGUCCAACGGGACCCCCGACCCCGGCGAGGCCGCCACUGCAGACUACACCUCCUACCAUCUCCACUCGAUGCCUCCACCGCACACACACCACCCUUACAUGGACCAAGAGGGCAGUGGGGCAGGUGCUCAUUAUGACCAAGACCACCGCUACAUGCCCCCCCACAUGUCCUAUCCCUACCCCGACCCCCAGAGCUCUCAAAUCCCCCCCCAUCCACACCACAGCAUACCCCCUCUGCACACCGGCUGGCCGCCACACGUCUUGCCGCCACACUACCCGUCUUACAUGCCUCCGCCCGGCUACGGCACCAUGCUACCUGCAGAGGGAGGCGAGUACGCGGCUGCCGGGGAAGACAUGGCCAUCUUGGCUGAGAAUCCACACGAGGCCACGGUGCAGAUGGUCCUGGCCAACUUGAUCCAGGAAAUGAAGAACAUCAUGCAGAGAGACCUGAACCGCAAGAUGGUGGAAAAUGUGGCCUUCGCCACAUUUGACGAGUGGUGGGAAAGGAAGGAGACCAAGGCCAAGCCUUUCCAGACAAUGGUAAGGGGAGUGUCUGCGUUACGGGAUGAGGAAAAGAAAGAGGAAAAAGUCAGUCGACCACGGGAACCUCUCACAUCUCUUGUGGACUGGGCGAAGAGUGGCGGGUUGGAGGGCUUCUCUCUCCGAGGAGCGCUACGAUUACCUUCCUUCAAGGUGAAGCGGAAAGAACCUCAGGAGCUUGAAGAGGGAGACAUGAAGAGACCACGACCCUCAACUCCACCAGAUGAAGAUGAUGAAGCUGCAGAUGGAAGGAUGAAAGAAGCCGAUAGGCAUGGACCUGAAAGGGACAAUAAGAGGAGGAAAAAGAAGCCUAGAAGUCGUAAACCUUGGGAGCUCGACAGUGAGGGAGAAGAAACAUCUGAUGGCUCCUCAACGGAAAAGGAGGACGACGACGAAGUGGAAAGUGGAAAGGACUCUGAUGAUGACGCUCUCAGUGCUGAUAGCGAUGACGAGAGCCUCUCUUCGUCCUCAGAAGGUUCUUCCUCCUCAGCAUCAUCUUCUUCUUCCUCUGAGGAUGAGGAUGAAGAAGGAGAGCAAGUUGAAAGCGAAGCCCCAGACUCCAUGGAUGAGUCGACUAUGGACAGCACAAUAGAAAAAGAGCAAGACAGGGAUAAUAAUACAGCUGCUCCAAAGGCAGCCAUUAAACAAGGUGUUUCGAAAGACAGCAAGGGGGACACCGCUCCAGCUCCAACAAAACAGCCCCAAUCUCCACCAUAUCCACGUCCUUCGUCUCCCAUUGUUCUUGUCCCACCUCUCAAGAAACGCAGGAAGACUGUGUCCUUCUCCACAGAGGAGAACGAUGGCAAAAUUCAGCUGCCGACUGCGCCAUCGUCUCCAUCACAAGUGCCGGGUGAAUCCUCCCUACUCUCUAAGCCUCCAGACUCUCCUGUUACUGCUGCACCGCCGCCCUCCAGUCGUCCCAGUCAAGGAAUCCAGCUGCUCCCCUUCGCCUCCAAGCCCGGAGAAGGCAACGCACUCAUCGUUCCCCCGCCCGGACGAAGCCAAGAGUCGGAGGAAGCCAAAAGGGCAUCGCUCGUUUCUCUCCAGAUCACUCCUGUCAAAAGCCCUGGAAAACGGGGUGCGGGCAAAGACUCUCCCAAAUCUCCCGUUAUGGUGUGCCGCACUGUGCAGAACCUGCCGCUGGACCACGCCUCUAUGUGUCGGAUGGCCUUUGAGGAGGCGCCGCCGCCGCCACCUUCCGUCAAACGGCCCAGAGGGCGACCGCGGACACCCAGCUUCUCUGCUUCUUCCUGUCACUCGCUUAAAGAGGAGUAUGAGGGAGAGGAGGAGAGUGAUCAGAGGCUGAGGCUCAGGGAACAGCUCGGAGCCUCCAGUCUCCUCCAGCUCGCCUCCACCUCCGCCACCGACCUGUCCGUGUUGGCUGACGUGGCCUUAAAAAUGGACCCCGACGCCGGGGACUCGGAGGAGACGGAAACAUCUGAUGAAGCAGAGGAGCAAAAGCUGGAAGAGGAUCCCUUCUCCCCAGAGCUACUGGCCUUGGUUAUGGGUCCAGGGGGGGUUAUCGUCCUUAUGGAGCACAACUACUGCAAACCCCCGACGCUCCCAGCACCACCCAGUACAAAAAAGACUUGCUUAAGGCAAGACUCCUCCGUCUUGGUCGCAGCGGACCUCAACUCUAUUUCCGGGGUCCUUGAAGCACCAGAGGAGGUGAUCGGAGAGGCGGUGCCAUCCAGGGUGGACUCUGGGGAAUACUUUUCUGCUGUGAGAGAGCUGUGUGACUCUGCUGCUAUGAGCCCCGUGGUAACUGUUACACCAUCACCAAAGAAGAAGAGUCACGUCGGCAAAGGUUUUGAACUCGAACAGGAAAAAAGCAAAAAGCGGAGGAGAAGAGACAAAGAGAACCUCGAUCUUCAUCACAGGCAAAAGCAGAAGGAUCAACCGGGCAAGAACCAGAGGAAGCGGAAACUAGAGGACUCUGAAGAAGAUGUAGACGUUGAAGAGCUGGAGUCGGGAGAGCUGUCCAGCUCGGACACGGCGGAGGAAGCGGUUGAAGAAGUGAGGAAGAGCGAGCGCCUCUUUCUGCAGGAGGCGGGGAUAACAUCGUCUCUCCGCUGGCCCAAACCUAUCCCUGCACCUGAGCUGCCAGCCAUCAAGUUUGAAAACCGCAGUGAGUUUGAGCAAAUGACUAUCUUAUACGACAUCUGGAACUCCGGCCUGGACGGUGAAGACUUGAUGUUGCUGAAGAAAACCUACGAGAAGCUGCUGCAGGACGACCACAACUCCGACUGGCUCAAUGACACUCAUUGGGUCAAUCAUACCAUAACCAAUAUACCAAACCCUCGCCGUAAGAAGAAGACGGUGGAUGGGCAGCUGCGAGAGCAUGUGACCGGUUGCGCCAGGAGUGAGGGCUACUAUGCCAUCAGCCGCAAGGAGAAGGACGUGUACCUGGACCUGGACCUACCUGAGCAGGUCAUACGGGAGGUGGAGAAUGUCGACAGCUCGGGAGUUAACAGGGUGCUGUCAGAGAGGCGCUCGGAGCAGCGCCGUCUCCUCACCGUCAUCGGAACCACGGCUGUCAUGGACUCCGACCUACUUAAGCUCAACCAGCUUAAGUUCCGCAAGAAGAGACUGCGUUUCGGACGCAGCAGGAUCCAUGAAUGGGGCUUGUUCGCCAUGGAGCCCAUCGCCGCCGAUGAGAUGGUGAUCGAGUACGUCGGUCAAAACAUCCGACAGAUGGUGGCUGACCAUCGAGAAAAGAGGUACGCGCAGCAAGGCAUCGGGAGCAGCUACUUGUUCAGAGUGGACCACGACACGAUUAUUGAUGCCACCAAAUGUGGUAACCUGGCACGAUUCAUCAACCACUGCUGCACUCCAAACUGCUACGCCAAGGUUAUCACCAUCGAGUCCCAGAAAAAGAUUGUGAUCUACUCCAAACAGCCCAUCGCAGUCAAUGAAGAGAUCACCUACGACUACAAGUUCCCACUGGAGGAGAACAAGAUUCCCUGCCUGUGUGGGACGGAGAACUGCCGCGGGACACUCAACUAGUGAAAGCACUUCUUUUUCUUUCUCCCUUGCCAAGGGCCAGCCGGCCCCGAACACCUUGUCCUCCAGUCUUUACGGACUGCGGCUCAAAACGCCAACCGCCCUGCGCUCCUCCGGAUGGCCUCAGUGGCCACAAUAAGUAGGAAACAGUGACGCACACACUUGCACUUUUAAUGCACAUCCCACAGCCCCACAUGCCAGUGUGUGAUGCUUUCUGUGUAAUCGGGCAUGUGAACAUUGGAGGAGACCCUCAGCAUCGGCUCGGUUCUGACAGCAUUGUUGGACUGGAGUAGGUCAUGCUUGAAUAGGUGGGGAAACCCAAGCGUGAAAGGUUUUUCUAUUUCCAUGCCAACAUCCGUUUGAUCGAAGACAAUGAAAACACACACAAGUAUUGUACGUGUAUAUCUGCGACAGCUCACGUAAAUUGGCAGCCCGGGCUCGACUCAAGUGUCAAAUCCUUCCUGCACCCAGCCACCCUUAGAAAUCUGCACAGACACACAGGGAUGCCACAUGAAUUCAGGGUUUUUAAAAGCGCUUGUGAGGGCGCACUUUUAAGAUGACAAUUUGGUUUCAGUUAUGCAAGAUUUCUAAUUCUGAAGGUUUUUUUUUAAUUUCCCUUUCACAUAUUAUUAGAAUAUUAUUCUUGCUGUUAUUAUGCGAUUUUUAACAUAGUUACAUAAGCUGUAAGUAUCUUACAGUGACAACAAGCUUCAGUGUAUCCACCCACCACUUUCGGGGUUUUGUUAUUCACAACCCCGGUGAAACUCCCUUCUCUGCUGGUUGUGAAACUCUUGAUUUGCUACAACCUCCCGUCAGCUUAAAGUGGGUUUUUAUUUCUUACGUGUUGGCUGAAUUGUUGCCUGCAGACUUCAGCGAGGUUUUGGACACUGAUGUGCUUUUGUUUCAUGUUACUUCAUUUGUCCCUUGCGUCUGUUCUAUUCACCCUCCAACCUGUUGGAGACGUUGGUCAUGAAAAUCAUCCAGAAGGUGCGCUUGUGUUAGAGCAGUUUUCAUGUGUUUUUGGAGUAGAAACUUGGAGUUUAUUCUUCUUUUGCAGCUUUUUCCAUUUUUUUCUGCCAUAAUCUCAACAGUCCAUGUCAGCAUACUAACCUGAAUGCUGUGUUAACAUGCAAUAUAUUCUGUUGCCCGCCAAGGAUGAGUAGACUAUGAGCCCAUCUGUCUCUUCCUGGUAACAUAUAUAUAUAUAUAUAUACAUAUAUAUAUAUAUAUAUAUAUAUAGUUUUAUUCUUUUACACUCAUUACAUAAGCAUGUCUGAACAAUGACAUUGGCCUCACAGCUCUCACUUGCGGGUGAUGUCUCUGUAGUUGCUCCUGCUCCCAUGUCCACAUGCGUUACUUUGGCAAGAAAGUGGUCUAUUUUGUAUUUCACAAAUUACCGGAAGCGUUCACUGCUAACUUUAAUUUUUUUUUUCUUUUGGUCAGUGGAUGUCGACACCAAACCCUGGAAGAC